ACCAAUGGGAAGUGAGGGCGUGACCCUAAGCUUUUCUUUCAUUGGUCCAGGGUCCCAGGGCUUCCAGGUCUUGGCGCGCUGUGGCUGAAAUCGCGCAGGCGUCAGAACGCGCUCUCAGCUUCGGGUCCUGCAGCUGCGGCUUCCGCCAUCAUGGUGCGGAAGCUUAAGUUCCACGAGCAGAAGCUGCUGAAGCAGGUGGACUUUCUGAACUGGGAGGUCACCGAUCACAACCUGCACGAGCUCCGCGUGCUGCGGCGUUACCGGCUGCAGCGGCGGGAGGACUACACGCGCUACAACCAGCUGAGCCGUGCCGUGCGUGAGCUGGCGCGGCGCCUGCGCGACCUGCCCGAGCGCGACCCGUUCCGCGUGCGUGCUUCCGCCGCGCUGCUGGACAAGCUGUAUGCUCUCGGCCUGGUGCCCACGCGCGGUUCGCUGGAGCUCUGCGACUUCGUCACGGCCUCCUCCUUCUGCCGCCGCCGCCUUCCCACCGUGCUCCUCAAGCUGCGCAUGGCGCAGCACCUUCAGGCUGCCGUGGCCUUUGUGGAACAAGGCCACAUACGCGUGGGCCCUGACGUGGUUACCGACCCCGCCUUCCUUGUUACCCGCAGCAUGGAGGACUUUGUCACUUGGGUCGACUCGUCCAAGAUCAAGCGGCACGUGCUGGAGUACAACGAGGAGCGCGAUGACUUCGAUCUGGAAGCCUAGCGGCUCUCCCACUCCACGGCUGUCUUCUACAGAUGGGAAAACUGAGACCUAAUGUUGGAGAUUCUCUGAGGGUGCUCUCCCCAAGGGUGUCAGACGGUUGUAGGUUCUUAAGAACUUGAUACAUCAAGGGCAGGCCGUGCACAGAGCCACGGGAGGUGCGUCCUUGUUUUCCAGGAAAUGUUCUUAGAACUUGGACUACUGAUUUUUGUGCCUUGGGAAACAGUGGGAAGUAACUUGGUGCUGCUCUGGGGUAUUGUUGGCUUCUUGCGUUGGAAACUUUGUAAUGUAAAAGCAAAAACUACAAAUCCCCACGCUCUGUUUCCCUUUAUCGUCUUGUAGCUGGACUGGUUCCAUUCAUUUAACUCGAAUUCUUCCUCCUGUCCAUGGGGUUAAGCUGUGUAGAGACGAUGGGGAGUUUGGUGGACUCAAGUUUUUAUAAACUCAGUGAGACUAGUGUGUUCAGGAUCUCCUCCCUUGUUUAAAGGAAUGCUUUCCUAAUGCCAAUAAAUGACUCAGCCGCUUUGUAAGUGCAACUUU